UGAACCCGGCUAGCUGACGUUAAAUGGUUUAGCAACUGGCGCGCGGCACGGAAGGAAGCGGCGUGUCUUUCUCUAUUUAACUUAACAGAAAAGUCUUUAAAAGGUGGUGGACAUGGCCUCAGAGGACAUCGCUCAGCUGGCUGACGCUCUCUCCAAGACACACGUCGGUGAUGGAGAGCUGAGCUUUAAAGGUCUGGGACUGAAGCUCGACGACGCGGAAUCAGUGCGGGAGCUGGUCAGCCAGAUCGAGCGGUACCCGGGUCUGAGAGCUCUGCGGCUGGAAGGAAACACCGUGGGAGUGGACGCAGCCAGAGCCAUAGCUAAAGCUCUGGAGAGCAAAGACCGGCUGCAGAGAUGCUACUGGAGUGAUAUGUUCACAGGAAGGCUGCGCUCUGAAAUUCCCACUGCUCUGAUGUCCUUGAGUGGUGCGUUAAUGAGCGCUGGUGCCAGGCUGACUGAGCUGGACCUCAGUGAUAACGCCUUCGGGCCUGAUGGUGUCAGGGGAAUUGAGCAGCUCCUGAAGAGUCCAUCCUGCCACAUACUGAGGGAACUGAGACUCAACAACUGCGGCAUGGGAACAGGAGGAGGAAAGAUCCUGGCUGAGGCUCUAAUCGAGAGCCACAAAAAGUCGGCAGCCCUUGGAUCCCCCCUGAGACUGAAAGUGUUCAUUGCAGGGAGAAACCGGCUGGAAAAUGAUGGAGCCACUGCCCUGGCUAAGGCCUUCCAGCUUAUGGGCAGCCUGGAGGAGAUCCACAUGCCUCAGAAUGGCAUCAACUAUGCCGGGGUGACGGCCUUAGCUUCAGCCAUCCGUCACAACCCAGAGCUUCAGGUUCUAAACUUUAAUGACAACACCUUCACCAAGAGGGGAACCCUGGCCAUGGCACAGGCGCUGAGGCACCUUAGAAACGUCCAGGUGAUCAACUUUGGCGACUGUUUGGUCCGGUCUGAAGGAGCCAUCGCCCUCGCUGCGGUUUUGAGAGAAGGUCUUCCCAUCCUAAAGGAGCUCAACUUGUCGUUUGGAGAGAUCACAGAGGGAGCUGCUCUCAUCGUCGCUCAGGCCGUCAUGGAUAAACCCCACAUGGAGAAAGUGAAUCUGAACGGCAACUGUUUGGGUGAGGACGGCUGUGAGGUCUUGCGAGAAAUAAUGGACAAUAUGGACAAAGGAGACAUGCUGGCUUCCCUCAGCGAGGAUGAGGGGGAACCAGACGACGAGGAAGAUGAAGACAGCGAUGAAGGCGAUAGCGAUGCCAGCGAUGAAUGUUAUGAGACCAACGUGUGUGACGAGAUUGUUAAAGAAAACGGAACAGACGAAGGAAGCCCCGAAAAACCUGAGAGCCAAGCAGAAAUCCUGGCUUUCCUCAGCAGCCCCUCAGCAGAAGAUUUGUGCCGUAUGAAGAUGAACCUUCAGCAGCAGGUGAAUGCAUCUGAACCAAAUAAGGCAGCAGACAUUUUUUUGAAGCUUGGCUCCCUGUACAGUGAGGACACAGAGACCCAGUUUGCUGUGUUUGAAAUGAUCGAUGAAGUUUUGAAGAAGAUCCUCUCUGCUUCGGCUCUCCAGUCAACCUGCUUCCUCACCACCCUGAUGGUCCUGAUGGGAGUCCUGAAGGGAGAAGGCAAAGCAAAGAAGGUGUCGCUAGUCCCAGGUCAGCUGUUAUGUUUGGAACAUGCUGUCCAGCAGGAAUAUUUCACUCAGGAACACGCCUCUCUGCUUUACACCAUGCUGUCCAGAAACUGUGACGCUCUGAAGUCUUUCAGCAGCGCCAGAGAGAGACUGAGCUCUGCUCUGGAGAAGAAAAAGCCCAACCACCACUAACCAACUGAAGCCAUCAUCAGAAACACACUGAUCUUUAUUUUUCUACGUUUUAAACCUACAGUGUAGCUGUCCACUUGAACAGAGCCGCUAGAUGUAUACCUCCAGAUGUGUAUAUUUUAUAAAUGUGACUGUCCAUAAUGCUGUAAGCUAUAUUUUUCUACUUUUGAUUGCGAUGUAUACAUUUCUAAAAAAAAAAAAAAAAAAAAAAAAUAAAAAAUAUUAAGCUGCAAAUUGAUGUUAAAACGGCCACAUUGUAACUAGAAGUACAACACAUAGAAAGGCAAACAAAGGCACUAAAGAAAACAGAAGUUUUAUUGUCAUCAAAACAUUUAAUGGCACAAAGUUUAAAACAAAACAAUGUUUUGCUAUAAUCAGCUGAUGCGAUUUCGCUUCAAUGUAAAGUCCUUUACUAAACUAUUCACACCUCCUGAACAAAAAGUUGCACAUAAUUGAGACAAGCAAAAAAAAAAAAAAGAUUUUAUCUUCAUAACCUCCUGAUAUAUUACCCACAAAUGAAGAAGAAACUUCUGGAAGGAACAAUGAGUAUCUAUUUGAAGGAUAAACAGGACUUCCUAGACUAAAAAGCCAGUCGGGCCAAUUUUUACCGUUUCACACCUUUUUUUUGUGUCACCUGAGCAGAAUUAGCCAGUUAGCACAUAUGAGCAUUUUUUUGGCUGAGCAGACCUCUAAUUGGUGACUAGGACAAAAAAAAAAACCUUCACAACCAGAUCUAUAGAGGCCCAAUAAUAGACGGCUGUUUCUGCUACUAGCACAUAGAUCGCUAACGUCUAAUAACACAUUAACUGUAGGUUUAAAAAGGAAUAUUUGCCAUAGGAAGCAGAAUUGGUCCCAUCAUGAUCCUGCAGCGAUAAACAUCCGGCUAAAUCAGAGGGAUCUGUUCAUUUAUCGGCAUCAGUCUGAGAAGACCCACGAUGUUAUGACUUAAUGCUGCAUUUUUACCUCCUAGAUCCACGCAUUUGUCAAGAUAUGGGAAGAAAAUUAAACUGUUAUUUACUGUUUUGUAUGAAAGGAAACUGGGUUGUUCAUUUACACUGAAUAUUCUCUUAAAUAUAUAGAAAAUUAAAACAAA